UUAAUAUGUAAACGACGCUUUUUCCAACUCGGACCCGGCAGAAUGGCUCCCGCAAAGAAGGGUGGCGAGAAGAAAAAGGGCCGUUCUGCCAUCAACGAAGUGGUAACCCGAGAAUACACCAUCAACAUUCACAAGCGCAUCCAUGGAGUGGGCUUCAAGAAGCGUGCCCCUCGGGCACUCAAAGAGAUUCGGAAAUUUGCCAUGAAGGAGACGGGAACUCCAGAUGUGCGCAUUGACACCAGGCUCAACAAAGCUGUCUGGGCCAAAGGAAUAAGGAAUGUCCCAUACCGAAUCCGUGUGCGGCUGUCCAGAAAACGUAAUGAGGAUGAAGAGUCACCAAAUAAGCUAUAUACUUUGGUUACCUAUGUACCUGUCGCCACUUUCAAAAAUUUACAGACAGUCAAUGUGGAUGAGAACUAAUCGCUGAUCGUCAGAUGCAUCGAAUA